CAUCACUAAAGACAAAGACAAGACAUGAACCACAUAAACUCAAUAAUAAUAAUAAUUGCGUAAUCCUCACGAUCUCUUUAGAAAUCACCUUGCUCACUUUCGUGUCACCUUAUCCUUCUAAAUACAUUCUUUUUAACGAUUCUUCUUAUAUAUUUGAUGUUAAUGGCUCUGAGAUCAGCAAAGCUUUUGCUUUUCAGUCCUUUACACGAUAACCAUUGGCCGCCACUAACUUUCAUCCGGUUUGUAGAUAAGGGAAGAAGAACAGAGUGGCCAAGGAAGAGAUCGAUGGCCACGACGGCGAAGGUAGACACCGACGAUCUCCGGCGAUUCAAGGACGUUAAUCUCGACGAAGCUCCGUCUCGCCGUCACGUUCGCGAUUCCUUGAAAGAUACUCAGCUUAAUCUCGAUCAUAUCCUCUUCAAGACACCAGGAGAUGGAAUUAAGACAAAGGAGUCUUAUGAGGUGAAUUCAAGAGGAGUUGAGAUCUUCUCCAAAAGCUGGCUUCCUCAAGCUUCUAGCCCCAGAGCUUUGGUUUGUUUCUGCCAUGGUUAUGGAGACACUUGCACGUUCUUCUUCGAAGGGAUUGCAAGGAGAUUGGCAUUGUCCGGAUAUGGAGUUUUUGCUAUGGACUAUCCAGGGUUUGGUUUAUCUCAAGGCUUGCACGGAUUCAUCCCUAGCUUUGAUCUUCUUGUUGAAGAUGUCAUUGAGCAUUACUCCAACGUAAAAGAUAAUCCAGAGUUUAGUUCUCUACCUAGCUUUCUAUUUGGACAGUCAAUGGGUGGAGCCGUGUCUCUCAAAAUACAUUUCAAGCAACCAGAUGCGUGGACCGGUGCAGUUUUGGUAGCACCUAUGUGCAAAAUUGCAGAUGAUAUGGUUCCACCACCAGUGUUAAAACAGAUUCUGAUCGGUUUAGCUAACGUUCUACCGAAACACAAGCUGGUUCCACAGAAGGAUUUAGCAGAAGCAGCUUUUAGAGAUGUCAGGAAGAGAAACAUGACGCAAUACAAUGUCAUAUGUUACAGCGGCAAACCGCGUCUACGGACCGCUGUGGAAAUGCUUAGAACAACUCAGGAGAUUGAGCAACAGUUGGGAAAGGUGUCUUUACCAAUACUGAUUCUACAUGGAGAGGCUGAUACAGUGACGGAUCCAUCGGUGAGCCGAGAGCUUUACCAGAAAGCGAAAAGUUCAGACAAGAAGAUAGUUUUGUAUAAAGACGCUUAUCAUUCUCUGCUUGAAGGAGAACCAGACGAGAUGAUUCUCCGCGUCUUGGCUGAUAUCAUCUCGUGGCUUGAUGACCAUAGCUCGCAAGCUGAGGGAUCAUUAGUUACUCCUCCUAUGUAGAUUCUGAUUAUUUCUUCAGUUAUAUUGUUUACAUUGCAUUUACCUAGUGAAAAUGUAUUUUUUCCAGUGAAUUAGCAAUAAAAAUAGUAAAUUACAUGCAAUACAUUUUACAGUAGCAAAGAAUCAUAGUUAUCACUUUGCAAUCAUAUCUGCAUGUUAUAGAGAGAGAAGAGAAAAGAGUUUCGUGAAUAAAUAGGCCCAGGCCCAGUCCAAGGCCCAUAGGCUUUUAAGAAUCUAUUAACGGCCCAGAUACGAUCAACCGCGUCUACGGACCGCUGUGGAAAUGCUUAGAACAACUCAGGAGAUUGAGCAACAGUUGGGAAAGGUGUCUUUACCAAUACUGAUUCUACAUGGAGAGGCUGAUACAGUGACGGAUCCAUCGGUGAGCCGAGAGCUUUACCAGAAAGCGAAAAGUUCAGACAAGAAGAUAGUUUUGUAUAAAGACGCUUAUCAUUCUCUGCUUGAAGGAGAACCAGACGAGAUGAUUCUCCGCGUCUUGGCUGAUAUCAUCUCGUGGCUUGAUGACCAUAGCUCGCAAGCUGAGGGAUCAUUAGUUACUCCUCCUAUGUAGAUUCUGAUUAUUUCUUCAGUUAUAUUGUUUACAUUGCAUUUACCUAGUGAAAAUGUAUUUUUUUCCAGUGAAUUAGCAAUAAAAAUAGUAAAUUACAUGCAAUACAUUUUACAGUAGCAAAGAAUCAUAGUUAUCACUUUGCAAUCAUAUCUGCAUGUUAUAGAGAGAGAAGAGAAAAGAGUUUCGUGAAUAAAUAGGCCCAGGCCCAGUCCAAGGCCCAUAGGCUUUUAAGAAUCUAUUAACGGCCCAGAUACGAUCAACCGCGUCUACGGACCGCUGUGGAAAUGCUUAGAACAACUCAGGAGAUUGAGCAACAGUUGGGAAAGGUGUCUUUACCAAUACUGAUUCUACAUGGAGAGGCUGAUACAGUGACGGAUCCAUCGGUGAGCCGAGAGCUUUACCAGAAAGCGAAAAGUUCAGACAAGAAGAUAGUUUUGUAUAAAGACGCUUAUCAUUCUCUGCUUGAAGGAGAACCAGACGAGAUGAUUCUCCGCGUCUUGGCUGAUAUCAUCUCGUGGCUUGAUGACCAUAGCUCGCAAGCUGAGGGAUCAUUAGUUACUCCUCCUAUGUAGAUUCUGAUUAUUUCUUCAGUUAUAUUGUUUACAUUGCAUUUACCUAGUGAAAAUGUAUUUUUUUCCAGUGAAUUAGCAAUAAAAAUAGUAAAUUACAUGCAAUACAUUUUACAGUAGCAAAGAAUCAUAGUUAUCACUUUGCAAUCAUAUCUGCAUGUUAUAGAGAGAGAAGAGAAAAGAGUUUCGUGAAUAAAUAGGCCCAGGCCCAGUCCAAGGCCCAUAGGCUUUUAAGAAUCUAUUAACGGCCCAGAUACGAUCAACCGCGUCUACGGACCGCUGUGGAAAUGCUUAGAACAACUCAGGAGAUUGAGCAACAGUUGGGAAAGGUGUCUUUACCAAUACUGAUUCUACAUGGAGAGGCUGAUACAGUGACGGAUCCAUCGGUGAGCCGAGAGCUUUACCAGAAAGCGAAAAGUUCAGACAAGAAGAUAGUUUUGUAUAAAGACGCUUAUCAUUCUCUGCUUGAAGGAGAACCAGACGAGAUGAUUCUCCGCGUCUUGGCUGAUAUCAUCUCGUGGCUUGAUGACCAUAGCUCGCAAGCUGAGGGAUCAUUAGUUACUCCUCCUAUGUAGAUUCUGAUUAUUUCUUCAGUUAUAUUGUUUACAUUGCAUUUACCUAGUGAAAAUGUAUUUUUUUCCAGUGAAUUAGCAAUAAAAAUAGUAAAUUACAUGCAAUACA